UGACAUUUAAUAAAAUUAAUUUUAUAAGGUUAUAGGUUAGAUUCAAUUACUAAACAAGAUUGUAGAUUAAAGUAAAUAGUUAUUUGUAAAAUGUUUAUUGUACUUUUCGUUUAAUGUUUUUAUAUAAUUUAUAAUAUUUUUUAUAAUAAUCAUUUCAUUGCAAUUAUGGAUACACAACUGGAAAGUUAUCACAGUAAUGAUUUAACCACUGAAGGUUUUGAUUUACACGCCGGAAAAUCGUGGAUUUACCCCACAAAUUAUCCAAUGCGUGAAUAUCAAUUUCGAAUAACACAAGAAGCUUUAUAUAAAAAUACUUUAGUUAGUUUACCAACAGGUUUGGGGAAAACUUUUAUAGCUUCAGUGGUGAUGUAUAAUUUCUAUAGAUGGUAUCCAUCAGGAAAAAUAAUAUUUAUGGCCCCAACAAGACCUUUAGUUAAACAACAAAUAGAAGCAUGUUAUGAUAUUACGGGGAUCCCACAGAAUGUAACUGCAGAAUUAACAGGGACGAAGGCUCAAAUUUCGCGGGAGGAAAUUUGGAACACUAAAAGAGUCUUUUUUAUUACACCUCAAGUUCUUCAAAACGAUAUAGACACCUUCCCUGACUUGUGUAAACAAAUUAAAUGUAUAGUGAUUGAUGAAGCACAUAAAGCAAGAGGAAAUCACGCCUAUUGCGAAGUUAUAAGAAAAUUACAUGUUCACUCAAAAUAUUUUAGAGUGUUAGCUUUAAGUGCAACACCUGGAAAUUCAACAAACGAUGUGAUUGAUAUGUCUAUGAAUUUAUUGAUUUCCCAUUUAGAAGUGAGAACAGAAGAAAGCCCCGAUGUUGCACCAUAUGUGUUUCAAAGACAUUUAGAAACAGUUGUUGUUCCUUUAGGUGGAAAAUUGGAAGAGAUGCGAAAUAAAUACUUGAGGGUUUUAGAAAGAUAUGUUAAAGUAUUAAAAGAUAACAAUAUCAUAACAGGAAAUUGUGCAAAUUUAACCAAAGGAAAAAUUUUUAUGACAUUAAAAGAUUUCAAUCUUCGUUCAAAGUAUCAAAGACAUCCUAAACAUAGUGAAAUAUCUAGAACUUUAACUAUUUGUAUUACUUUAUAUCACGGAUAUGAGUUGCUUAUUAGGCAUGGGAUGAGAGGAUUUCUAAAUUUUUUUGAAGAGCAUAGCAAAAAAUCACUAUUGGAAGGUAAUUCACAGUUGUUUGCUGUGAUGGAUGAAAUGCAACAAUAUAUUGGUCCUAGACCUGAUAUUUCUUUAUUACCUGAUGGAACAAUACCACAA